GCGGAGCGACAGGUCUCGGGCCCCCAGGCAGAGCGGCGGGCGCCGGACCCCCAGGCGGAGCGACAGGUCUUGGGCCCCCAGGCGGAGCGGCGGGCACCGAGUCACCAGGCACGACAGUGGGCUCCGAGUCAACUGGCAAGACUGCGGGCACCGAGUCAACUGGCAAGACUGCGGGCACCGAGCCAACUGGCGGAACAGCGGGCUUCGAGUCGUCUGGCAAGACUUCGGGCACCGAGUCGUCUGGCAAGACUGCGGGCACCGAGUCGUCUGGCAAGACUGCGGGCACCGAGUCGUCUGGCAAGACUGCGGGCACCGAAUCACCAGGCACGACAG